ACAGUUUCCAUAGCGCCGCUCCGACCUGCUGAGUGAGUUGAUACUUCAACUUCUGAUUCACGUCCUUCGGGGAUACAAAACCAAGGACGGAGGAGCUUUUUUAUCGCUGCUUUGAAUUAUUUUUGCGUUGUGUUUUCUGUUCAUUAUGUGAAUUUUACUUACUGAAGCACUUGCUCGGCUGAUAAACUCACCAUGGGAUAUCAAGCGGUGGAAAUCUGCGUCUGUAUUUGAACAGUAUUUGUUUUAUUCUCAUGGUCGCUUUGUUUCAACUGCAAAAAUGAACUGCUUCAAUCAGAAGCUGAGACGUACGUCUCCCAUGCGUGGCAGCAGUAAGAACGAGCUGGUCCCCUCCAGGCCCCCCAGGGUGAACGGAUGGUCGUGGCCCCCGCAGGCGUUCCAAGUGGUGGGCUGGCUGGUGUACAGCUACCUCGCCAUCGUCAGCUUUGGCAUCUACGUCCCUCUUCUGCCUCUGCCAUGGAACCAUGUGGUCUAUACUCUGACGGGCAUAGCUUUUAUUAUACACUUCUUCACCCAUAUUGCUGCUCUGACUAUAGACCCAGCAGAUGUCAGCGUGCGGGCCAAACAGAGCUAUAACAGUCCAAUGCCGCUUUUUGACCGAACAAAGCAACCGCACGUCAUCCAGGACCUGCACUGUUAUUUAUGUGAUGUCAAGGUUGGCCCCAAAGUAAAACACUGUAGUGUCUGCAACAAGUGUGUGGAAAACUUUGAUCACCAUUGCAAGUGGCUGAACACUUGUGUGGGCGGCAGAAACUAUUGGUGGUUCUUUGCUGCCCUGCUCUCUGCAACAGUAGGUGUAUUCCUGCUGGUUGUUGUCCUCUUGUUUAUAUUUAUUCAGCAUUACCUGGAUCCUAGCAGUUUACGGACCGCCCCACAGUUUGACAGUAUCCUUGGGAACGGUACCUGGCUGGUGUUUUUACCCCUAGCACCCAUAAAGACCAGUUCAGCUGGUCUCCUUAUACUGGCUUUCGUAACAGCCAUGCUGAGCAUCACUUGCCUGCUGCUGCUCGGCCAUCUGCUGGGUUUCCACUUAUACCUCUUUUAUAAAGGCAUAAGCACGUACGAUUAUGUGAAGAUGCAGCGGCAGAAAGAAGCCAGAAACAUUGAAGCAGGAAAUCCACAAGAUUCAAAAAACAUUAACAAGGCCCCACAGAAUCAAGAGAGCUCAAUCGACUGUGAGCCGACCUUAUCACAGAGUUCAGGUUCCUGUAAAUUUGACAACAGAGGCCCACUCACAAGCCGACUCUCUGAGUCCAUAUGCACUGAGUUGGAGAACUUUAAGAAAUCAACAGAGAAGGACAAUGGUUUCCAUUAUGGCACUGAAACUCCCACAGAGAACACAGCAAGGGAAAUGUCUAUGAGCGACAUCAAAAACUGGAAUCCUGACAUGGAAGAGGCUCAGAGUGCCGGUGUGAAGUCUGUUUCCCGUGUCCCUGGAGUGCAGGAUCCUCUGGGCAGCUCCGUUAUGACUCCAGAUGAUACUUAGUCUGCAUUGGGAUUUGCUGCUUUAAGGAUUUAUUUAUUAUGAAGUCACACAUCAUAAAACUACGCCAUGCAAAACCAAGCCAGCGUCUUGAACUGGACACUACAGUUUGAUACGCAUCAUUGAAAAGUGACUUAAUAUGCAGUCUGUAUAACUGUGUACCUGUCAUUGUGUUUUGUUCCCUUUUUAUCUGUGUUUUUAUGAUGACGGUUGAAUUAUUUAAAGCAUUGUUUUAUCUCACUGACUUGUAUAGAGAGCCAAAGUCCAGCCCCACUUCCAGGUCAGCCUCUGCUCCACUAGCUAGAGAUAGAUGGAUGUAUUUUGGCAUCUCCCUGAAAGGCUGAAACAUUAAACUGAAGUUUACUCUUCAUAUUCUGAGCCAAAUGGGUAUCAAGUACCGUACUGACAGUAACUUUUAGCAUUGUGUUAUUUUAUCUGAUGGCCAAAGGGGAGAGAGCCUUACAUGGUAAAAUCCACUGUCUGUCUGAGGUAGUGGAGCACACACUGUAAAAAAUGUUUGUAGAAAUAACAGUAAAACACUGUCAAAUACAUCAGAAAUAGGGCGUAAAUAGACACUAGACAUUUUUAAUUACCGUAAAUCAAAGAAUAGCAUAAAACUUUUACUUUUUUCUGUCAUCGACUGGAAGAAACACACAGUUUUGCUGUAAAAAUAUAACAUUUUCAUGCAAAAUUUAUGGAGAUAUUCUAUGAUGUGUGAAUGAAUGACACAAUUACCCUAAAAAUAACAGGAAUAUUCAGUCUAAAUUACAGUUUUUUCCGAUAUUUACAUUUAAAUUUACAGUGGAAAACCCACUCACUGUAAUUUUUACGGUGAAGUUCUGGCAACCACAGCUGCCGGUAUUUUACCGUAAAUUAAACAGAUUAUUUUUUACAGUGCAGGAGCUUGAAAAAGGAACAACACUUUGGCUCACUAUUGUUGUUUUUAUUAACUGUUGAUUUCACAAAGCUGGCCGUGCUCAGCAACUGUUACCUAGAUUUGAUACUAAAGAAUAUAAAUGUACAUUUUAAUGUUUGCUCCAUUAUUUUCUUAUUUUACCUACCUGACCACACAGUGGCACUGUAGACAGUCAAAGUCCAACCAACUCCUACCUUCUACUAGUUUCUGUCUAUAUUAGUCUAGUCCUAAUCCCCAUAGGCCCAAUAGUAAACCCAGAAAUGUUGAGUAUCCUAAAGUUUUAUUGCAGAAAUGUCAUCUAUAGGCCUAAUGGAUGGAAUUUAACUUGGUUGCUAAAAGUUGCACUUCGGGCAAUUUGCAUAAUUAGCAUAAUAAGACAAUAAAGUCAAGACACCACAGGUGAAUAGGGUAAAAAAAUUAAAUAAUAGAUAUCACCAUGAAACUUUCUCAGUUGAUUACUUAUGUUAAGAGGAGAAAAAAACCUAUUGCAUGUUUUUUGUAUUUUAAUGUUUACAUAUGCAAAUGAGGCCAUAUCUCGUCAAAUAUGCGCUCAUUUGCAAAAAGAACAAAUCCAAUCGUUUGAUAAAGUCAUGCUCAAAAUAUUUUUUCCAAGAGUAAACAUGUAUACUUGGGGGUCUGAGUUGAGUCUGAGUUUUAGAAAUUACGACUAGACUAUAUUCUAAGUUGUAUACUGUAAUUAUCUUAUUAUUGGGUUUACCAGCAACACUUGAACACUUAUCAGCAACAGAUUGCCACAGCUGAGACUAUUGUUGGGUUACAUUCAAAGCAUUGCAUAGGAUCUUAGUAAGUGGGGAAAUACGAAUAAAGCCCUGUGUCCUUCAUGUAUUUUAAAUAUAUAUAUACAUUUUAGCCAUACAAAAAAAUACCACUGCACAAAUCAAUGCAAAAGGCCUCAUUAAGUGCAGUAUUUGUCACCUAAAAAUAUGCUUUCAGGAAUGAGAAAAGAAAUGGAUUUCCUGACUGCUUAUCAGAUCAUAUGGUUGUGUCUACAGAGAAAUAUAUAUGCAGACACAAUAAGUAGACCUUGAAGGCACAGGAAUGAGAUGAGAAAACUGUACGAGGAGUUCAUUCUGCCACUGAAAAUGUGUUGGAAGAACUAAGCAAUGUGACAAAACAAAACA